UUGGGACAAAGUUUAUCACAAAUGUCAUAUUAUCGCAUCAAAUAUUUUGUUGAUCCACGUGUAGGAUAACAGUUUAAUCGUUUAUGAAAAGAAACAUUAUCUCCUAACUAUUAUUUAUUGUUAUCGCGUACUUUGGUGACAAGGUUGUUAAACUUUUAACCAUUUAAAAUCGUACUCACUCCCUACAAUUACCAUAUCUUUAUCAUUGAAGUCGAUCGUCAGUUCGCUCUCAAGAUACUCUAUAAUGCCAGAAAUUAAUUGGGCAGACAUCAAUGCUAAACUUCCUCAUGGAAGAAGUGAUGAGGAAAAAGCAAAACGUAAAGCUUUGUUUGACUCAUUUGAUAAUGGCAAUGGGAUGCUCUCACUGGCAGAAAUUGAUAAAGGUAUUAGAGAUGUGCUUCAUUUAGAUGCUGUUUUUGAUGCUAAACCAGCCAUCAUGAGAGCUUUUCAAAUUGCCAAGAGUGUUGUGAAGUCAAACAAAAAAUCAGGUGAUGACUUCAUUGAGUGGAAAGAAUUUAGAUUUUUUCUCCUUUCUCUUCGACAAUAUUUCGAGUACUAUGAAGCAUUCACACGAAUUGAUGACAAUUCAGAUCAUCGUAUUACUCUACAGGAAUUUAUUGCUGCAAAAUCAAAAAUUGAGCAAUGGGUUGGUCCAAUUAAACCUGAGGCAGAAUUUAAAGCUAUCGACAAGAACCAUGGUGGAUUCAUUUUAUUUGAUGAGUUCUGCGAUUGGGCUAUUAAAAAGAACUUGGAUCUUGAAGAUGAUAUUGAUUAAUUAUUAUUGACUGCUUUAAGAAAAAUUAACUGGGUUUUUUGUGUUUUUUAAAUAAUAUUUUAUGUUUUAUAAGUGAAGUAAAUGAUUGUCAUGAAA